AUGAGCAUAGAAGACAUCGCGCUGGCAAGCUCGUCUAUUGCUAUAAUCAGAUAUGAAAGUGAGGUAUUCAGUGCGCAAAGUUUAUUGUGGGUGUUGAGUCGUGAGGUCAUGUCUAACUGGAAAGAGGCGAAAGAUGCAAACGGAAGGGUAUAUUACUACAAUACGUUGACAAAAGAAUCUACAUGGGAGAAACCAAAGGAACUAGUUCCUCAGCAAGAGGGACUUUUUCAGGAGAAUGGCUGGAAAGCGGCAAAGACUGCAGAAGGAAAGACGUAUUACUACAAUGCAUCUACGAGGCAAACUAGUUGGACUAUUCCCGCCUUUGAUAAGAGCACAGACCUCAUCGCAAAGAGAGAAUCUGAGGUAAUAACAUCGGCACAAACCACCGCAAACAAGUCAAUUUCUAUAGGUGAAGAGAAGAAGGCGUUGCAACAAACGGCUAAAGAAGAGGAAAGCCAAUAUACCAAUAACUCUAGAUUGCUAAAUGUCACUAGAAGGACAAAGGAAGAAGCGGAAAAAGAAUUUAUCACGAUGUUGGAGGAUAAUCAAGUAGACUCGACUUGGUCGUUCAGUAAAAUUAUUUCAGAACUGGGAACCAAAGACCCAAGAUACUGGAUGGUGGACGAUGAUCCAUUAUGGAAAAAGGAACUGUUUGAAAAAUAUCUUUCUAAUAGAUCAGCUGAUCAGCUUUUAAAAGAACAUAACGAAACGAGCAAAUUCAAAGACGCCUUCCUAAAAAUGCUACAGAAUAAUUCUAAUAUAAAAUACUACACCCGCUGGUCAACCGCAAAGAGACUGAUUGCUGACGAACCAAUAUAUAAACACUCUGUGGUUAACGAAAAGACGAAAAGACAGACUUUUCAAGAAUACAUAGACACUCUUACAAACACUGAAAGAGAAUCUAAAGAAAAACUGAAGGAGCAGGCUUUAGUUGAAUUAAGAGAGUAUUUAAACAGCAUUUUGGCUGUAGGUUCGCCAUCUUCUGAGGCUUUCAUAACAUGGCAACAACUAUUGAAUCACUAUGUUUUUGAGAAGAGCAAGAGAUAUAUGGCGAACAAACAUUUCCGAAUUUUGACCCAUGAAGAUGUCUUAAUUGAAUAUCUGAAGGUCGUGGAUACGAUGGAAAUUAACCUCGAAAACGAACUGAGCCAGCUUCGGCUGGGUAAUUAUACUAAAGACCGUAUCGGUAGAGAUAAUUUUAAGAGUUUAUUGAAGGAGAUUCCCAUUCAAAUCAAAGCAAAUACCCAAUGGUCCGAUAUUUAUCCUUAUUUCAAGUCUGAUCCACGCUUUUUGCAAAUGCUUGGAAGAAAUGGUUCUUCCUGCCUUGAUUUAUUUUUAGAUUACGUUGAUGAACAAAAGAUGUACAUCUUUGCACAAAGAUCAAUAGCCCAACAGACAUUGAUAGAUCAGAAUUUCCAAUGGAACAAUGGGGAUAGCGAUGAGGCUACUAAAAAGGCCAUAGAAAAACUACUGGCGAAUGAUCCCAAGUUCAGCAAAGAUGAUAAAGAAGACCUUGGUUUGAUAACUGAUGGAAUAAUUCAGCAAAGAAACGAAAAGAUACAGCAGAAGCUACAAAAUGAACGUAGGAUAUUGGAGCAAAAGAAACAUUACUUUUGGUUACUUUUGCAAAGGAUUUACACAAAAACCGGUAAGCCUAAGCCUAGUACUUGGGACCUCGCUUCCAAGGAGCUGUGCGAAACUCUUGAAUUUAAGGCAUUGGGUGAUGACGACGCAACGAGGAAGCAAAUUUUUGAUGAUUUCAAGCCUGAACACUCUGCACCUAAUACCGAGAGCGCUACAGUUGGUGUAACAUUAACCACAUCUAGGAAGAGGCAUUUAAGCCCAUCAAUCGAGUUAGACUAUUGA